AUGAAGAAUUCUCAACUCCUGCAUCCGGUCAAGGCCACUCUAAAUGGAACUGUGAUCCAUCCAGCAUAUUUCUUGCUAGUGGGUAUCCCUGGCCUCGGGCCUAACACACAUUUCUGGCUGGCUAUCCCGCUGUGUUUCAUGUAUGCCUUGGCCACUCUGGGCAACCUGGCCAUUGUUCUCAUCAUUCGCGUGGAAAGGCGUCUUCACGAGCCCAUGUAUCUCUUCCUGGCCAUGCUUUCCACCAUUGACCUUGUCCUCUCCUCUGUCACCAUGCCUAAGAUGGCCAGCCUCUUCCUGACAGGCAUCCAGGAGAUUGAGUUUAAUAUUUGCCUGGCCCAGAUGUUUCUUAUCCACUCUCUGUCAGCCAUGGAGUCAGCCGUCCUGCUGGCCAUGGCUUUUGACCGCUUUGUGGCCAUCUGCUAUCCACUACGGCAUGCUUCUGUGCUCACCGGCCCUACUGUUGCCAAGAUUGGACUAGCUGCCCUGACCAGGGGGUUUGUGUUCUUCUUCCCUCUGCCCUUCAUCCUGAAGCGGUUGUCAUACUGCCGAAAACAUACAGUCACACACUCCUUCUGUUUGCACCAAGAUAUCAUGAAGCUGUCCUGUACUGAUACCACAGUCAAUGUCGUGUAUGGACUCUUUAUCAUCCUCUCCGUCAUGGGUGUGGACUCUCUCUUCAUUGGCUUCUCCUACAUCCUCAUCCUGCGGGCUGUGUUGGAGCUGAAGUCUCGGGCGGCGGCACUCAAGGCUUUCAACACUUGCAUCUCCCAUCUCUGUGCUGUCCUGGUGUUCUAUGUGCCCCUCAUUGGACUCUCGGUGGUGCAUAGGCUGGGUGGCCCCACUUCCCUGCUCCAUGUGAUUAUGGCUAAUGUCUAUCUUCUGUUACCCCCUGUGGUCAACCCUGUUGUCUAUGGAGCCAAGACCAAGGAGAUCCGUUCUCGAAUCCUCCAUUUAUUCUCACGAGAUACCAGGUGA